AUGGUGGCGGGUCAGGAACAACACCUACAACUUGCAGGAGGAGGAGCAGAGGACCAAUCUCUUGUCACUGCAGACCCUGUCGUCUUAGAACUCAAUCGCAUGCACAACGUACUCAAAGAAAAGAAUCGUGAGUUGGGGAUUGCUCAAGGUGAGAUCAAGGCUCUCAGAGCUACUGAAGUUCUUAAGGAUAAAGCUGCAGAAGAGCUAAGAAAUGAAGUAGAGAAGCUGGAUGAGAAACACAGACUCACGCAAACUCUUCUAGAACAAAAGAACCUUGAAAUCAAGAAACUGACAGACGAGAAAAAAGAUGCAUUGGCUGCACAAUAUGCUGCAGAAGCAACUCUUAGAAGGGUACACACAAGUCGAAAGGAUGAUGAUCUUCCUUCUCUUGAAUCUAUCAUUGCUCCACUCGAGGCUGAAAUCAAAAUGUGCAAGAAUGAGAUUGCAGCACUUCAGGAGGACAAGAAGGCUUUGGAACGUCUUACCAAGUCGAAAGAAUUGGCUCUUCUUGAGGCAGAAAGGAUAUUACGAAGUGCACUUGAAAGAGCUUUAAUAGUUGAAGAGGUUCAAAACCAAAACUUUGAAUUAAGGAGACAGAUUGAAAUCUGCCAGGAGGAAAACAGAAUCCUUGAGAGAACAAAUCGCCAAAAGGUUUUAGAGGUUGAAAAGCUUAGCCAGACUAUUCAAGAACUUGAGGAGGCCAUUUUAGCUGGAGGGGCUGCUGCCAAUGCUAUUCGUGACUACAAAAGACAAAUAGAUGAAUUGCAUGAUGAGAAGAAGACUCUGGAGAGGGAGCUAGCAAGAGUUAAAGUUUCGGCAAACCGAGUAGCCACUGUUGUUGCUAAUGAGUGGAAGGAUGAAAAUGACAAAGUUAUGCCUGUGAAACAGUGGCUGGAAGACAGAAGAUUAAUGCAGGCAGAGAUGCAACGCAUGAGGGAGAAGCUAGCAAUCUCGGAUAGAACAGCCAAGGCAGAGGCACAACUCAAGGAAAAGCUGAAGUUGAGGCUGAAGACUCUCGAAGAAGGAUUAAAGCAUGUUUCGAGUUUCUCAGUCAAUCCUAAUUCGUUUUGCCGUUCCCCUAAAACAGAAAAGUCCAGUAACUUCUUAGGAUUUCUGACAAGCCCUGGUGGAUUAGGAAAGAGAUCAACUUCACAGCCAAGAGCCUCCUCACUUAGAAGCUCCCCUCUCCAACAACCAAUUGACAGUGGUGAGAAGGAGAACACAGAAGGGAAGACAAAUACUGAUAACAACAAGAAUGAUGAUAAAACUGUUUCUGCUGAUAUUAAAACUAAAGAUGGCGCCGAUGAAGACUCGCCUAGCAAGAUAAGUAUUAACUGUGAAAGUGAGGAUGUGGUCUCAGGAUUUCUGUAUGACAGACUACAAAAGGAGGUCAUCAAUCUGAGGAGGCAUUGUGAAGUCAAAGAGACUGAUAUGACUGCGAAAGAACAAGAAAUAAAGUUGCUGAUGAAAAAGGUUGAUGCACUGACAAAAGCCAUGGAAGUGGAGUCUAAGAGAAUGAAGAGAGAAGCCAUAGCUAGAGAUAAAGAAGCUGCAGCAGCCAAGGUGGAUGAUAACAAAAAGAACAGAACUAUUAACUCAUCCAAGAGGGUAACAAAAGCAGGUUGAAAGUUUGCUUAAUUACACGGGAUUUUAUUGAAGAUCAUGCGGAGACAUA